GAGCUGAUGCGGGGGUCUGAGUGAGAUGUCUGAGCUGCGGAUUCAGGAUGUUGUCUCCAGAUGUGGAAAGUGAUACGACUGCGGAGGAAACGGCGCCCAGCAGCCCGAACAGCGGCGCGGACACCCCGGCCAGCCUGGAUGCGCUGGAGGAGCAAAUGCCAGUGCAGCAGUCCCUGAGUGCAUCCAUGUGCCGCGAGAUGCACUGGCGCUGUCUCCUCCUGUCUCUGCUGAUGUACAGCUGUCUGGGUGCCGUGGCCUGGUGUCAGUUCACUCGCGUCACCAAGCUGAGUUUUGACUCCUCCAGCACCUCUUCCCUGACCUCCAUCAACUCGCUCCGAGACGGAGGAGGACGCUCCAUGAUCUACCACGACAGCCCCUGCUCAGACGGGUACGUCUACAUCCCCCUGGCCUUCCUGCUGAUGCUCUACGCGGUCUACCUGAUGGAGUGCUGGCACUGCCGCGCCCGCAGCGAGCUUCAGUACAAAGCCAACGUGGACAGCGUCUACGAAAGAGUCCUGCGCAUGCGGCAGGCUCGACCGUGCGUCUGGUGGAAAGCCAUCAGCUACCAUUUCGUGCGGAGGACGCGGCAGGUCACGCGGUACCGCAAUGGGGACGCCUACACCACGACACAGGUCUACCACGAGCGAGUCAACACCCACGUGGCGGAAGGAGAGUUUGAUUACAGUCGCUGUGGGAUGAAGGAUGUCUCAAGGGACUUGCGUGGCUUGGAGAGCCACACGGCGACGAGGCUACGCUUUAGCAAGUGCUUUAGCUUUGCGGGAGCAGGACCUGAGAACGCGUACCUCAACCAAAGGGCCAGGUUCUUCUCAGAGAUUGAAGGUCUGGAUGACUACAUGGAAGCACGGGAAGGGAUGCAGCUAAAGAACGUGGACUUUAAAGAGCAUCUCAUCACCUAUGUGGAUCCUGACAGGUUACCCUGGUAUACCUCGCAGUUUUCUUUCUGGUUGACUGCUCUCCUCAUGCUUUCCUGGCCUCUUCGUGUUUUAAUAGAGUACCGCACGGCUUUUGUGCACUACCAGGUGGAGAAACUCUUCGGACUGGAGUACACCAACAGCAGUCCUUCUCCAGAGGACGCUGCUCCCGCGAGAAACGGUCGGUGUGGCAUCCCGAGAGGAGACACGGUGGACAGCACAGAGCUGGAAUGGCACAUUCGUUCAAACCGCCAGCUCAUCCCCAGCUACUCGGAAGCGAUGCUGAUGAAUUUGGGGAACUCUGGAACAGGUCAAGGCGACAAUUCGUCUUCCAGCUGCUUCUUGCUGGACGAUUACCUGACCCAGAACUAUGGAACCAUGGUACAAGACUGUGAGCACUGCUGCCAGCUUGAAGGAGGACGUCGAGCCACCAUCAGCUCCAGCUGUUCCUCCAUCUUUUCUCGCCACACCUUCCACUCGCGGGUGUCCCUGGACACCUCCCGGUUUUCCCUCUGUCGAAUGUACGGCUCCAGGCACACCGUGGGGCUGUGGAGGAGCCGGAGCAGUACGCUGACUGAGCGCUGCUGCCCGGAUGAACAGUGCUGCAGAUCCUACACCAGCCAACUCGCGCUCAACGACAGCCCUCCCAACUACCAGGACGCACGAUUCUUCCCUGUGCUCAUUGUGCACAGGCGUGAGGGCUGUGGUGAUCCUUCAGAAGUGAGGAGAUACUACGUCCGCAGGGGUUCCUGCUGUCUGGAGACUUCUCUUUGACUUAUCAAACAAAAUAAAUAAAUAAAAACACUGGUCUGAAAGAAAGUCAAUCGAACAAGAAGGACCAAAGAACUGUUCCAAGCUUUUAAGAGGAUUUUAAAAAAUCAAUGAUGGAUCAAAUCGUCGCUGUCCAAUGGAAAACACUUAUAUCAGGAGAGAGAAAAAAACUUAUAAACCUUCAAUGGAACUCAAAGUAAAAAGAGUUUAUUUCAGGUCAGUUUGAAGAGUUUCUAUUGGUCCGUUCAUCAAAAAAUGUUGGCACAGUGUAAGGAACAGUUUG